UUGGAAAUCCAAGGAAAAGUAAGAUGACAUGUUUAUUUGACUUUAUGACUAGGCUAAUGGUAGUUGGGAGUUGCGACGAGCAGAGCAGAGGAGAGGAGAGGAGCGUCAAAAAUAAAAAUUGUAAGCGGGUAAGAUGUCAGCUUACACGGUUCUUGGAGUAGGACUAGGGGAUUUCAAACAUUGAAAUUGCGGACCUCCGCCGAACAUGGCAGGCUUGCUUUGUGGGAAUUCUAUAAUUGUACAUACUAGUUAAGCGAGCUUCAGUUAGUUGUAAGAUAUCACAAUGCGGGAUCGCAUUGACGAAUAAGAAGCAUCAAAUCAUCCUUAUGAUUAGAAUGGACAAGAGUUCUUCAAGUGUUUCAGUUAGAGUGCAAGAAGGCGUUGAGAGCUGCAGCACAGAGAGCCACGAUUAUUCGGACGCUGAAGACGAGUGCUGGCAUUCGUCUCAUACAUCAAACGGGGGAGGGGCUUCUGAUGACGAGCAGAAUGACGACGAUGAGGAGGAGGAAGAGGAGGAGGAUCCUGAGAUAGCAGAUUUAGAUCUUGAAAAGGGUCCCGAAUUGGAGGAGCUGAAAGAAGCGGGUAAUCAUCUGGGUCCCAGUGGCGUGAGAGAGAAAGGCCAAUUAGAGGUAAGUGAAAGUGGGAUUGGGGGUGAAAAGGAAUGCAGAAUAUGUCAUCUGGGUGUGGAGGCAGAGGCAGGGACAUCCAUUGUCUUAGGUUGUGCCUGCAAAGAUGAUCUGGCUGUUUCUCACAAACACUGUGCAGAGGCUUGGUUCAAAAUCAAGGGUAACAGGCUACGGAGGUUUGAGAUACACAUCAAAAGUGUAGGAAUUGUUGGAGAAGGAAAAUUUAGCCAUCAAAGGACUUGUGAAAUAUGUGGUUCGAUUGCCAGGAACGUUGUUGGCAUUGAAGAGGCAGAUUUCAUGGAUCAGUGGAAUGAGGGAAGUACUACUACAACAACUACAGAGCCCAGGAAUUUCUGGCGUGGUCAUCGCUUUCUGAACUUUUUGCUGGCAUGCAUGAUUUUGGCCUUUGUAAUUUCUUGGUUUUUCCAUUUCAAUAUCCCCUCCUGAUUUUGGUUAAGCAUAUUUCUCAGAUCUUGAAAUUUUACAAGGAAACUGAAAUGAAAUCCCUCGAUACUGCUUACCAUUUAUAGUGUACAGGCAUGAGAAAAAUUGAAAAUAACAAUUCAGUAUCUGAUGAUUAUAUUUUUUUAUCAGAAAAAUUCUGACCCAAUAAGCUGUAUUUAAUAAGUAAAAUCAGUGCUGCAGGGCCAAUAAUUAAUUUUAAUUAGUAUUAUUUAACAGAGACAAUUUACUCGGGCUGUUGCAAAA